CCGCACGUGGGGCUUGGCCGAGAGCCGGGCGAAGGAAGGGAAGGUGUGCGCUGCCGCCGGGGCUGCCGGGGCCGGUCUCUCCCGCGCUCGAGCAGCCGCCAGCGGGCACCUCCGGCCCCGGGAUCCCGACUGGUCCAGGAGGGAUGCUGAUGUGCCUUUAGGAGCUGCAGCGGAGGAGGCGGCGGCAGCAGCAGCAGCAGCAGAAACCGGCUUGGGGGGGGGGGAUGAUGGCCACCCCUGUGGCGGCAGGUUUGCGGAGCAGCGCAGGGAGGGUUGCGGUGGAGCGCCGCGGAGGACUUUCCCCGAAGGGCGGCGGGGGUCGCCGCCUCGGAGAGCUCGCCUUCUCGCCUUGGCUCACGCCAGCGCCGCCCCUCCUCUCGGCUCGCCUCAGGGAAGACAGGGGGAAAAAGACAGAACUUGAUGUACUAGAAAUCCCAUCCAUACCAAAUCCCUUCCCAGAGCUUUGCUGCUCUCCGUUUACAUCUGUUUUGUCAGCCAGCCUGUUGCCCAAGGCAAAUCCCAGGAUAAAACAGGUAAUCAAAAUAUAUAGUGAGGAUGACUCUAGCAGAGCUUUGGAAGUACCAAGUGACAUAACAGCCAGAGAUCUGUGCCAGUUGCUCAUACUAAAGAACCAUUAUGUGGAUGAUCACAGCUGGACUAUGUUUGAACAUCUCACUUCCUUAGGUUUAGAGAGAAUAAUUGAAGACCAUGAAAUGAUGAUUGAAAUCCAGUCAAGAUGGGGAAUUGAAGAAGGCAAUAGAUUUUAUUUUAGAAAAAAUUAUGCCAAAUACGAGUUCUUCAAAAACCCCGAGACUUUCUUCCCUGCACACCUGAUAUCCCUCUCAAAUGAGAUCAAUGGAGCCAUGAGCCACACGCAAAUACUGCAGAUGUUUUUAAGUUCCAGUACAUAUCCUGAAAUUCACAGUUAUUUACAUGCUAAAGAGCAAGGGAAAAAAACCUGGAAAAGGAUGUACUUUUUGCUGCGAAGAUCGGGUCUGUAUUUUUCCACUAAGGGGACGUCAAAGGAGCCAAGGCACCUGCAGCUUUUCAGUGAAUUCAGCAGUAGUGACAUAUAUGUGUCUUUGACAGGCAAAAAGAUAUCUGGAGUGCCAGUCAGCUAUGGGUUCUGCUUUAAGCCUCAGAAAGCAGGAGGAGCCAGAGACCUGAAACAACUUUAUGCAGAAAGUGAACAAAAUAGGACCUGCUGGGUGACAGCAAUUCGGUUGCUUAAGUAUGGGAUGCAACUUUACCAGAAUUACAUGCACCCCUAUCAAGGUAGAAGUGGGUGCAUUUCUCUGAGCACACCUGUGAGAAGUGUUUCAGAGAAUUCUCUAGUGGCCAUGGACUUCACAGGACAUAAAUCCAGAGUGAUUGAAAACCCCACAGAAGCCCUUUCAGUUGCAGUGGAAGAAGGAUUAGCAUGGCGGAAAAAAGGGUGUCUGCGACUUGGUGCUCACAGUAGUCCCAAUACUCUGCAGAAUGUGUCAUCAAAUAUAGCCAUACACAGUUCACAGCCGUGGUUUCACCAUAAGAUCUCUAGAGAUGAGGCGCACCAACUAAUUUUGCGACAAGGACUGGUAGAUGGUGUUUUCUUGGUACGGGAUAGCCAGAGUAACCCCAAAACCUUUGUGCUGUCACUGAGCCAUGGAUUGAAAAUAAAGCACUUUCAAAUUGUACCCUUGGAAGAGGAAGGCAAGCUGUUUUAUACGCUGGAUGAUGGCCACACCAGAUUUUCUGAUCUCAUUCAACUAGUGGAGUUCUACCAACUCAAUAAAGGCAUCUUACCUUGCAAGUUAAAACAUUACUGUGCCCGAAUUGCAUUUUAACCAAAAUGUUAACACCUCACCAAAGCCUCGUAGGAUAGAAAGGCUGAAUGUUCCUUUUGACAAAGAAGUUUUGUAAAUGAAGGGAGUAAACAAAAAGCCAGUGAAUGUAAAUUUCAGCUUGCAAAGGAGGAUUUGUAUUCACCAUAGCAAAACAAAAUCCAGUACUUUCGUGUUAGAGUUGGCUAAUCAACAGUUGAUCUUCCACAAAAUGAAUCUGAAGCUGAAAUUGUAACGCUGCAAUCCUAGGGAGUAUUUUUCAAAUGCCAAUAAAUGUCUUUUUCACUA